AUGAAGAUACCUGAUGAGGAUGAGCAAUUUGUCAAGAAAAUUAUACGAGAUGUUUCAGAUUCCUUACAGUAUUUGUAUAAUCAACAUUGGACAAAUUCUAAGAACCUUGAGGUUUCUCAAGAAACAAAUGCAAUUUCUAUUGGCGAGAUGGAUUAUACUCUUAGAGACACAGUCUCAUCAAUUUCCAGUUGUGAUAAAUGUGAUGUAAAAGUCCAAGUAACAGAUAAUAGUUCACAACAAGACCAAAAAAGUUUUACAGAAUCUUCAACAGAAACACAGGAAUAUUAUCCUGUCAAUAGAGAGUUGAGCUCAUCUGGCACAUUAAAGGCAAAACUUGCUUCAUUCAUUUUCAACAGAAACCCAGUUAGAAUAACCACCUGGCAAAAAUUGCCUGAAGAUUUUGAGAGACAAUACUCUCAAGACAUUUUCUCACUUCUUGAUAUUGUAAAAAGUAUUUAUCCUCUUAACGAAACAAGUGGUGAUGUCUUGGAUGAUUGUGAAAUUGAUGAUUUUCUCAAAACUUAUGGUAUUUCUAAUGUUCACCCAAUCCUUGAAAGUGAUGAUAACUAUGUCUUUUGGUUAGAAGACACUGCUGGUGUUGUCUAUGUAUGGUCUCGUAUAUCUUAUAACAUGUUUUAUAUAGGACAUGACUUAAGAGAAGCUCUGGUGAACUUUCUUUUCCAUCAGGAUAAGAUUUGUUAUAUUAUGGAAUACACUCAUGAACAUAUACCAAAGGAUAAAUUCAAACAAGAAGCUUAUGAAUAUGCAAAAUCAAUCAAACCUAUUAAGUGGGUAGAAACUAAUGAACCACUUAAGUUAAAAAGAGAUGGAAAAGGGAAAGAAAAAAAGAAAGGAAAAAAGAAAGGAAAAAAGAAGAAAAAUAAACAUUAA